AUGGCUCACGACACCCUUCCUAGAGACGCAAGGAUCAUUGCUUUGCUUAUAGCUGCCAACCCCUCAAUCAAAGACGCGCAUCCCGCGGUAUUGCACCAACUUUUAGAGUUUUCGCAUCGAUAUACUUCGCAGGUCCUUAGCGAUGCCCUCGUCUACGCGGAACAUGCUGGAAGGGCGGGGACUAUACAACAGGAUGAUGUUACUCUGGCAGUUCAAGCACGUGUCGGUUGGGAGAUGGGUGGACCGGUUCCAAAAGAGCAUCUGAUGGCGUUGGCAACCAAGACAAACGCGCAAUCUCUUCCCGCCGUCUCGGACACGUACGGAAUUCGCGUUCCUGCCAAACAUGCACUCACCUCGGUCGACUUUGAUAUUGUACCCAACAAGCCGCCUCCGGGUUUGAACGGUCCUGAGACAUACGAGGAAGAGUACGAAGAGUGGGAAGAGGAUGAUACACCGGAACAACCGUCGGGGCCUCAAGGAGAUGAUCUGAUGGUCAUGGACGACCCCGACGAGCCGAUUGCGCUCGUGGAGGAUGUGGCACCUAUGCAGAAUGGCGGCGCGACGGCAGGGGAAGAAGCCCCUACGCAGGUUGACGAGGGGGCUGGAAGCGAUGCAGAUGACUUGUUUGGUGACGCAGGAGAGGAUGAUGCCGACAAGAUGGACCAAGACGCACCAGCUCCUGAACCUUCUGGGACAUCCCCGUCUGCAGGAGCCAAGCGAAAAAUGGAAGAAGACGAUAAUUAUGAUUGA